AUGGCGUCCGACAUUGCUUCUCGCAUCAAGGCGCGGCUGUCGAGACGGCGACGUUCGACCGGUCUCGCAGAGACGUCCGUGUCGUCUGGUGGGGCAUCAUUUGCCUCCCAAACCGGCGAUGAACAAGCGGGACCAGCUGGGCAUGGCGCUGUGGCCAGCAAUGAAAACAGUCAUGCGGAUGGAAAACGACGGCAUCGCGACGAGGGCCACGCGGGUGACGGACGACGACGACGGGUUGGCAACCAGGGCGGCGACAGUCGACAAGCCGACACCAAUGGCCUCGACGGUGGACAAGGCCAUGAAGAUCGAUCGCUCCAGCGCUUCCAAGCGAGCGACGGCGGCGCUGGCACCAAGUUUCCAGCAAAGGAACCGCUGGAGCAGCCCGCAUGUGGCCGCCCCAGCACUGAGGGAAGCUCGCUGCCGCAGCAAUCACAGGGCCAUCCGCUGCCACAUCCUCCGAAGCCGCCCCCUCAAGGCUCUCAGGUCCCCCAGAACAACCCCACGGGCUCCGUCGCCAAGGACCCGCCUGCCCUCGACCACGAUCCAUCUCGGCCUCAUCCUGAUCCUUCGCCACAGCCAAACCCAGCUACGGCGGCUCAUUUGCCGUCCCCGUCGCAGUCAACCCUAUCGCCGCCCUCUUUCCCCCCUCGAGCUUCUAACGGCUCGACUUUAGCCUCGGGUGACCGCAAGUCGCCGCAGGGUGGUGAUGCUGGGCGAACCCGUGGCCGCAAACACAACCUGCGACUUGUCGACAUUGGCUCAUCGGGCUCACCGGCGAGGGCGCCUCCCGCACAUGUUGGUGACGACGUCCAAGUUGAUCCUUUCCAGCCCCCGCAACAUGGCUGUGAGCCCGACCAACUGAGCUUUGCGUCCUUUCCUGCAGUUGCAUCGGCAGCUGUCUCCUCCUCCGCCGCCAGUCCGGCACCUUUCGCCCCGGCUGAAUCGCGAACCUCCCGUCGACAGAACCUCUUCCCCGGCCGGCAAACAAGCAAAGCUACGUCCCUUCUCGGAUCUAGCCAACCGCACGGUUCCGCAGAUUUCGGACACAGGCGCUCUAUAGAUACCGACAUGUUGACCAGGAAGAUCUGGGUCAAGCGGCCACAUGCCUCUGCCACGACCAUCACCGUUAAGGAGGACGACCUGGUCGAUGAUGUUCGGGAUGUGAUUUUGCGAAAAUAUGCCAAUUCACUAGGUCGCACUUUUGACUCUCCGGACCUCAUUAUCCGUGUACAUCCUCGAGACCCGGUAAAGGAAAGAGCCCUUGGCCCGGAGGAAGUCAUGGCUCGAAUCUUGGACACAUAUUAUCCUGGCGGCCAGACUAUUGACGAGGCUCUCAUCAUCGAUGUUUCCCGACGAACCCCAAAGGCCUCUCCUCGCGUGCCGAUCCCCCCAUGCGCUGCCACAACAUACUACCUGACAGAGGACGGCCGACCCUCAGAAACCGGCGAGGGUUACUUUCCGCCCGUCGUGGCCGUACCGUCGCCGCAUACUUCACAUGCUGUUCCCGUCACAGCGCCCAACGGUACAGUUCCACAUUCCAUCGCAGUCCUUGGAACCGGCCAUAUCCCUCCCAUUCCAUCUCCGGGUGCCACCAGCAGGUCUCGUCUCCAUCGAGAACGCCUCGACCGACCCAGACUGAAUCGAACCCACACAUCUUCACCAACGUUAAUGGCCGGUCAUGCCCCGGGUCCUCAAGCUGCCAGUACAGGCAGCCACUCUAUGCAAAAUUUUGCCCCGCGGUUGCCCCAUUCCAGGACUCAUUCAGGCUCGCCAGACCAUUCAUCCGCACUCACGACAGUAAAAACUCCAAUGGCUAAAUCGCCUGGCACGGAAGCAGCAGCUCCCCCCAGAACUGCUACCCCCCCUCCGCGAUCCUCGUCCCCGAGAGCACCCAGUCUUCAGUGGAGGAGAAACAAAAACUCGGAAUAUCCCGCCAAGACCGGCAAUAUCUCAAACGGCACUGUCCCUCCAAUCAAUGUACUCAUCGUCGAAGACAACCCCAUCAACAUGAGACUUUUGGAAGCCUUUGUCAAGAAGUCAAAGGUACGAUGCCAGACGGCUAUGAAUGGGCAAGAAGCGGUCAAAAAAUGGAGGGGUGGCGGGUUCCAUCUUGUGUUGAUGGACAUUCAACUGCCGGUGAUGAAUGGGCUGGACGCAACCAGGGAGAUCCGAAGACUCGAAAGGGUCAAUGCUAUUGGUGUCUUUACAUCGACGCCUGACAGUGCUACCGGGAAUUCGGAGGAUGGUAUCAAGGAACAGGAUCGGCUGCAGAAUCCCUCUCUCUUCAAAAGUCCCGUCAUCAUUGUGGCAUUGACUGCCAGUUCCCUGCAAAGUGACAGGCACGAAGCAUUGGCCGCAGGCUGCAAUGACUUUUUGACCAAGCCGGUCAACUUUGGGUGGUUUGAGCGCAAAGUGAGGGAAUGGGGCUGUAUGCAGGCACUUAUCGACUUUGACGGCUGGCGCAAGUGGAAGGAGGCGUACUCGCAGCAAAAUGCAGAGAGCGAGGCAGCCGAGAAAGCUCUGGCAGCAGCCAAAAUCAAGCCAAAGAAGAGCCGAACAUCUCUCUCCGGGGCUUCUUGA